AUGGCUGAUCUCUCGAUUAUUCACAUCAUGCAGGAAAAUGUACCAGAAACCGAUCGGAACACCGUUUUUGGUGUACAUAAUGCGCUAUGCCAAACAUUCUCAGUACUCAAGGACGUACUGGUAAUUAUUCUACCUGAUCCAUCCACAUUUGGCAUAUGCAUCCUGAUAUCCUAUGGAUUCGUCACGUCAGGAUACUUUUCGUUUGUUUACUACCUGUUGAAGCAUCCACCAACCGUGGAGCACCGAAAGCAGACUGAAGCUAAUGAAGGAAGCGAAGAAACACGAUUAUGA